AUGAAGGCAAAACGAAAAUCAAUUAAGGCCACGGCGGCUGUUGGGCUUCGUAAUGGACCGACCUGUGCUCCUGCCUCACGGAGUGCUAAACUUAAUAGAAAAUCGAUCAACGAGGUUCUGAAACCUCACUAUCAAGUACCAAAGUUCUCCUCCGUGCAUAACCCACUCAUUGAUGAUUUACUUGGUGAACUUGGGACCUCCAUGGCGAGCGAGGAGACCCCAAGUCUGACCUUAGAUAAUUCCGACAACAACGCAGAACUCGGUAGCUCUUCUGCCGAAUACAUGAAGACAAGCCUUCUCUCCUGCUCUUCUUUGCCUAAUCCUCGCCCUCCGCUGAACAACCUCUCAAAAUUAGCCGUGGAUGCUGUCAUCAAGGCCUCUAAAUGCUUUAUGCAUACCCUCACGAAGCAUGGGUUAAAGUCCUACCUUAGUUCCCCAACGGAAGCUGCUAAAGAGACGGAAUUAAGACAAUUUUUGAACGCCAAUGAAUCUCAUAAUAUUGGUAACUUGAUGUUCGCGUUAAUAGAGAUUAUGGAGGAAAUCUGCAGCGUCCGGGAGCAGCUGAAAGUCUUAGCAUCCUUCUCGAGGAAUUCGCCUAACACGAAUGAGGACGAUAUGUCAAACAGUAUGGCCUCGGUGAUGAGCACGGCGAGCCUGAUGUGCCCUCCUGUGUACGAGACGAAGCAAGUCGCUGUGGCCUUUGACAAGAAAGGGCAUCGAACGAUUAAUCGCUAUGUUUUACUCGCGAACAUUGGGGAAGGUUCGUAUGGGAAGGUCAAGCUCGCGGAGGAGAUGGAUUCUGGAAAGAAGGUAGCGAUCAAGAUGAUCGACAAGCAGUUCCUGCAGAAUAAGUUUGGGACUUGGAAUACCGCAAAUGGGGGGGGCGGCGGUGGCGGGGACAACGCCCUGAUGCGGGAGAUCACCAUCAUGAAAAAAGUCCGCCACCGCAACUGCGUCUCCCUCUACGAAGUCAUUGAUGACCCGGCCUCACAGAAGCUGUACCUAAUCAUGGACUACGUCCCGAACGGCCCGGUGGUGCACCUUCGCCACCACAGACUCCUCCCUGCGAUGCUUUUUGCCACGGAGUCCAACAGCCGGGUGAACGGCAUCCACUACAACCGUGGCCUCAUCCGCUGUUGCAUUCGUCACGACUCGGGCGGGGACACCCCGCUUUCAGAGGGCGAGAUCCACUCCGAGCCCUCCAUGUACAGCUGUCGGCCCCUCCGCGAGACCACCUGUGCGCGGUACCUGCGCCAGCUGGUGAGCGGCCUCCGUUACAUGCACGACCGCCACGUCGUCCACCACGACGUGAAGCCCGACAACGUCCUCCUUGGUGCCGACGGGCGGGUCUACCUCACCGACUUCGGCGUGAGCGAGAUCCUCGCCCCGCACCCGGGCGGGGGCUUGUUGGAACCCCCUAGCUCCCGGCACGGCGGCGGGAGGGCUUCAUCGUCUACCACCACGGCCUCCUCCGGGGCCGCCCCCGCGCGGUUGGGCGGCGGGACCCUUCUCUUUACGGCACCGGAACUGCUCGACCCGACCCUCGACCUCGCGGGGGUGGAUCCGUACCGGACGGACAACUGGGCCCUCGGCAUCACCCUCUACUGCAUGCUUGUCGGGGUCGUCCCUUUUAGUGGAAACUCCUACCGCGACGUCUGCGCGAACAUCCGCUGUUGCGCGUUCCCGUGGAAUGGGUUCAACCUUGAGGGCGAGAGCCUCCUGCCAGAGUGGCGGAUCAUCCUCGAGGGGCUGCUCGAGAAGAACCCCUCGCGGCGGUGGGGACUCUCGCAGCUUAAGCGAUUUCUCGACAGCGCGGACUUCCAGUCCAAGCUUGCCACGCGUGCCGAGGCCGAGGGCCAAGCAAGGGCGGAGCGCCGGCGAACUUCCGUUAUUAAUGUCCCACCCUUUACGAACUUCGCGAGCGAGCGCACAGGGAAUCCGAGCGGCGAGGCCACAUCUUCACCAAAAUCGGAGAACACGUUGAAGUCCUCUGGGUUCUGCCGAUCGACGGGAAUUCGACAAGAGUGCAUGCAGAAAGUCGCACACAGUGAGGGCAUCGAGGUCAUGACAAGACCGGCUAAGCAGGUUUCCGACAAGACCAAGAGGAUUGUGAGGAAAUUUGUCGAGUCCAUCCGAAGUCGGAUGGUGAAUAAGAACCAGUAUUUUAGAGCCUCGGACUUCUUCCCCAGGUCGGAGGGGGGGAUUACCGAUAGCCUCAUCUCCGGCAAGGCUUCCGAAGAUCUUCUGAAAAUGCACAACCUCUCUAUGACUGACAAUCGCGGGAUCAUGGCGCUCUCGUCGGGGUCGAGUAUUGAACGUGCGAGCCGCAACGGGAAUAUUCAGAACUGGGAGAAGGUUGCGGAUAGUCUAAAGAGAACGCAUUCGGUGAGCCCGUGGGUAUCACAAACGCAGCAGAAUUUUGUUCCGGUGACAAAAAAAACUAGCCGCGCGCUAUACAACGGGGCCUUUCAGUCUAUAGAUGCCAUUCUCUCCAUCGUCAAUGUUCAGAGCGAGUCGAUGCGGUCGAACAGCUUUAGCUUCGUUUCGUUGUGCGAUGGGGGCUCACAAAAGAGUUCGAUGUAUAAUAAAAUAACUCCGACUAUCACCCCAACUACGACCCCGAACACGGAUCUCGAUAUCACGAUGAAAUGUCUGCCCGAAAUGAAUACAAAUAGCAAAGGUGCUUCUUAUCCGAACAGCAUGGCGCUUUUAUCCAUGCGUCCCUCACUGGAUAGGGGGGAAAAAGGAGGGGGAACGGUAGUGGUAGAGACUCCUUUGCAGUCUUAUUCCGACGAUAAUAAAAUAUCGCGCGACAUCUCGUUGGAUUCCGGUCAGGAUAUUACGAAAAGAGGACGGUCGGAGUUUGUGGAUACGGUAGAACUCACGGGAAGUCGCGCCGGAUCUGGCUCGUCGCUAUUUGGCUCCAGAAUUGAAGUCAACCCCCCCAUUGAGAGCAGCGAGGCUUUCAUGAAAGAAAUAUCGCGUACCCCCAAGAUCAAAAGUGCCUCGCAAAGGGCACCAAAUGGGUAUGGUGAAAGGGGAUGCUCUGAAUCGGGGCAGAUGCGCAUCAGUGAUACCGCGGUGUGUCGUAAAUUGUCAAGAACGUUUAAAGAUGUAAAGCGAGGGGUAUUUGAGGAAAGAAAACACGAUGGCAAGAACAAAAACAUCCAGCAGCAAUUAGCGUCGUCGAGGAAAGAUGUACCAAACAUUCUAACAAGACGUCAUCGGUCGAAGUCGACGUUAUGGGAGGUAAUGAAAAACACCGGGGAAGGUUCUCUUGGGGUUUCACCUUUACCGGAUGAAGCUUAG